AUGGGUAUCGACUUGGACCGCCACCAUGUGCGCAGCACCCAUCGCAAAGCGCCGAAAAGCGAGAACGUUUACUUGCAGGUUCUGGUGAAGCUUUACCGCUUCCUUGCCCGCCGCACGGAAUCGAACUUCAAUAAGGUUGUGUUGCGCCGCCUUUUCAUGUCCCGUAUCAACCGCCCACCCGUCUCGCUUUCCCGCAUCGCGUCGAAUGUAACCGAGUCUCACCAAGGCAAAACCAUCGUUGUGAUUGGCACCGUUACCGAUGACAACCGUCUCCUUACUGUCCCCAAGCUUUCCGUGGCUGCCCUACGCUUCACUUCUACUGCCAGGGCUCGCAUCGAGAAGGCUGGUGGUGAGACUCUGACUUUGGAUCAACUCGCCCUACGAGCACCAACUGGAGCAAACACUCUCCUCCUCCGUGGCCCCAAGAACGCCAGGGAAUCCGUGAAGCACUUCGGUUUUGGUCCUCACAAGCAUAAGAAACCGUAUGUGCGAAGCAAGGGUCGGAAGUUCGAGAGAGCUCGUGGUCGCAGAAGAUCCCGUGGUUUCAAGGUCUGA